AUGGCAGCGGGACCUGGUCCGGUGCCCGUGGAGGUGGAUGAUCUGCCGGAAGGAUGGGAAGCUUUUGCAACCAAUGACGGCAGCACGUACUUCUGCUUCCCACAGGUCUACUACUAUUGUCGUGCCCUGGACCAGGUAACAUGGACUCGUCCCUCACCGGAAGAUGCCCAAGACCCCUUUGUGGGUGAAACGAUCAAUGGCAAGCCGCCCUACCAGAAAGGAGAUGAGUUCAUUCCAGCUCCGCCUCCGCCAAAGCCGUAUAACGGCCCCCUAGCAGACGCGAACUACAAGGCAUCUAACGAGGAUCCGGAAGAUGUGUUUCAACCGGAUGAGGAUAUGUUGGAGGCCUUUCAGACCUUUCAGCUGGGAUCUGGCGAUUGGACCUUCCAGUGGAACUUCUUGAAGGAUUCCCCCAUUGGAUUUAAAGCAUUUUAA